UUUUUUUUUUUCAGUUUUCAGUUGUCAAUACUCGAUAUAGUUUAUCUUGAAUAUUGUUCCAGUGACGCCGAAGCCUUUUAGUCCGUAUGCGUUCUAUCCUCGUUAGAGCAGUGAAAUAUUUAAGGCAAGAGAUGCAAGCAAGUCGGUUUCUACAAUUCCAGAUGUUAAUAAUCGCUAGAAGAGGUAGAAAACAUGUUCUUUUGGUUCAAAUCCUAAAUAGCUAGCUGUGUUUGAAGUAAAGUUUUAGCCGGAAAGGAAACUCCGACGCCGGCACUACCUUACUUAUUUGAAUAUGUAUGCCCCUCUAUUAUUUGAGGUUCUUUCUCUGUUCUUGAAUAAUGGCAUCUGAAGAUCUCGUAACAUGUUUCUGCUUCCAAUCGUAAGAAAUUAGGAAGUUGAAGUUUAAGUUGUUCUUGUCAAUAAGUAUUUGUUCACUAAUUCCGACCGUUUAUGUUUAUGGCAAUGACAUCAAUCCCUGAAAAGGGUGCGUUUAUUUUUCGAUCGCUUACCGGCGUAAUUGCCAUCUCAAUCUUGCUCCUAAUCCUUUCUUCAUUACUCCUACUCCAGUUUGGUGACAGUUCUUUAGCACCCAGAUCAAUUUACAAGCUAAUUAUUGUAAAACCUGUUGAAACAAGUGUACUAAUUGAACUCAAAUCUGCCCCCAUUGUGGCUUCAUCUUGUAACGAAUCAUGCCCCAAAUCAAACCCCAUCAAACCGAGCAUUUGUGAUCAAACUCAAGCUCUACUCAAAGUCUUUAUGUAUGAUUUACCUCCCGAGUUUCACUUCGGAUUAAUAGGUUGGAGAGGAGAUCAAAAUCAAAUCUGGCCUAAUGUGAGUAAUUUAAGUCAAAUCCCUUCAUACCCAAGUGCGAUAAACAUACAACACAGCAUGGAGUAUUGGCUCACUCUUGAUCUUCUCUCUUCGGCUUCCCCAAAUGUGUCUAGACCUUGCACUGCAAUUCUUGUAAAAAACUCGACUCAAUCAGAUGUAAUUUUCGUGCCAUUUUUCAGUUCUUGGAGUUAUAAUCGUCAGCCCAAGAUUCAUGGGGAUAAAAGAAACAGCGUGGACUAUGUUUUGCAAGAGAGAUUGGUGGAAUUUUUGAAGAAUAGGAAGGAAUGGAGGAGAUCAGGAGGGAAAGAUCAUUUGGUCAUGGCUCACCAUCCGAAUAGCUUGCUCUUUACAAGAACACAAUUGGGUUCCGCUAUGUUGCUUCUUGCGGAUUUUGGAAGGUAUCCAACUCAGAUUGCGAAUAUUGAUAAAGAUAUUAUUGCACCUUACAAACAUGUGGUUAGACGACUUAAUGGUAGCGAUUCACCUUCUUUUGAAAAGCGGCCUGUAUUGGUGUUUUUCCAAGGAGGAAUUCAUAGGAAAGAUGGUGGAAGGAUUCGUCAAAUACUAUACGACCUUUUGAAAGAUGAAAAAGAGGUGCACUUCACAUUCGGAAGGCCAUCUCCAGAUGAAAUUCACAUGGCGUCUAUAGGGAUGACUCAUUCCAAAUUCUGCCUCAGUAUUGCAGGAGACACCCCUUCAUCUAACCGAUUAUUCGAUGCCAUUGUUAGUCAUUGUGCACCCGUUAUAAUCAGUGAUGACAUCGAGUUGCCUUUUGAAGAUGUUCUUGAUUAUACCAAAUUCGCCAUAUUUGUUCGUGCAUCAGAUGCUGCUAGAAAAGGGUACCUUAUGAAACUUCUUAGAAGAGUUCAAAGAGAAAAAUGGACCCAAAUGUGGGAAAGAUUAAAGCAAAUUGCACCGCAUUUUGAGUACCAGUAUCCAUCACAGCCUGGUGAUGCUGUUGACAUGAUUUGGCAAGCAGUCCAUCGAAAGGUGUCUUCUAGACGUAGUAAAGUUCAUAGGCAAAAUCGAUAUCAAAUGUCACAAAAGUUCUUAAAUGAAUAUAAAACGGUGCGAGUUUUCCCGUUCUCAAAGCUUGUUGCUUUAUGGAGAAUAUUAGUUAGUCCUUUCUCAUACCAAUAUCCAUCACAAAGAUAAGAACUAAGGAGAGAAGGGGCUCAUGAAUAGGACCACUGAAUACAAACUGACCUAUAUUCUCAGAGAAAAUCUUGACAAC